CGGACGACGCGUUGUUUUGUAAUGGCGGAAAAUAAACCUUAGACAUUUGCAUGAAGCUAGUGUUUACGUCCUAUAAUAGAGAAUCUACAAUGUUAUUAGCUAUAACUAGUUACUAAUCCUCAAAAUCGCAUUUAUUUUACAUUUUUAAGAUUAUCUAAUAACUUAGUUUAACCAUGAGUCACAUAGACCAGGGACCACUGUCCCACUACAACAGUUUAGUUGACAAUAACUUGUCGGGAUUUUUUACAAAUCCUCGCAUACGUAGACAUCUGCGUAAAUCAGGCCUUAUAACCAAAGAUGGAUUUAUAGUAGCAGAAAACACUUAUAGACUGAACAUGACAAGAAAAGAACACAAGCAGCAUGUUAAAGAAAUGCUUGCACAAGCUAUCGUUCACAAGACUCUCGAUCUUGAAAGGGUGCGGCAAGCAGAGAUCAAAGCCAAGCUAGAAGAGAUUGCAAAAAUUGAACUCGUUAGGAGAGUUAGGAUGUCUCGACAGAGAAAAAGAGAUUAUGAUGUGCUUCCCUACAUUAGUCCAAGAUCUGAAUCAGGUCACAUGAGAAGAUCUCACCAAUCACAUAAGUCACCUCCAAAGAGAAACAGAGCCAUCAGUGCACCAUCCAAGAAAGGGAGAAGACCCAUCUCAGUCCUGUCAUCCAACUAUGAAGAUGAGGACGAAGAGAUUAUCUACCUGGAUGAUGAGGGGCGACCUAUAUCUCAGGGUGAUGAAGAUGACAGGGAUGUCCAUUUUACUAGAAAAAAUUUGAUAGACAACAGAAACUUAAGCCAACUGGACCAAACAUCGUUGAGGAAAUACGCCACAGUGAUAGCCAAGCUGGAGCAGGAGCAAGGCAGACACAGAUCAGCCUCUCCCUACCUGAUACCCCAGCUGCCACUGCCACCAAAGUCACCAAAAACUGGACACAGCCCACGCAGUAACAGGCGGCGCUACAGGCAGGGGACAGAACCCUUCACUCCCAGACAGCCUGCUAAUCCAACCCACCUGUACCCAGAAAGCUCCCCAAAGCGCCAUUCAAAACAGCCAAGAGUGGAAUGCACUGUGGAUAUGAUCUAUCAUGGGGGGAACUUGCAUCUAGCUCGGGAACAAUUUGACAAGAAACAAGAGAUUACAGUCCUGCAGCAACACAAUGGAGGAAACACUCUGACACUUUUCAAAGACCGUCUGGAACCCAAUUCAAAAUUCUCUUUUGUCUCCCAUCGACAUCGCAGUUUCCCCUUUAGCCUGACCAUCUACAUUGAUGGUCAGGUGGACUGUCGUGUCAGCACUUGCUGUGAGUACAGACACAAGAAAGGCGUGCGGGUCGGAGGCAAAUCUGGACACUUUAGCAUCACAAAAAUUGCUCACGCUAUUCCCUGCUUCAAAUGUCAUAUUGAAAAGAAAUCAAAGGCCGCUAAGUCAAAUCAAAAGAAGAAAACGAAGACACCAGAGCCUCAGCAGGAGGAGAUGGAGUAUGUGGAGACAAACAAGGAAGAACCAUCACCACCCUCACCAGAAGCCAAAGAUAAAGAGCGGAAACAAAAUUUUGUACCAGUUGAAGUAGAUGAAAACAAAACUAAUGGAUCCUAUGAUGAUGAUUUUGAGUCAAGCAGUAGCAGCAGUUCAUCUUCUUCAGACUCAGAGUCAGAAGAAGAAGACAAACCACAGAAGACUAAACAAGAGAAAGAACAUUCAGUUCAAGCCAAGUCGAAGAUUGUGCCGGUUAAGGAUGUCAGUGACAAAAGCAGUGACAGUGACAGCAGCAGUGACGCCAGUGACAAAAAAACCUCAGAAUCCAAAAAACAAAAAGAGCAAAUGAAGGUUGUAGAGAAGAAGACAAAAACAGUUGAUAUGGCUGAUACAAGAAAAAAAUCAGGAAGUGAUGAUGAUCAUAAGAAGAAACCUGCGAGUGGACGUAAGGAAGUUGAGAAAGAACAAGCUCAGAAAAAACAUGUGAUGCUAAAAAAUGACAGUGACAAGAGCAGCAGUGGUAGCAGUAGUGACAGCAGUAGUGAUAGCAGUGAUGAUGAAAAUAAAAUUAAAAAAGAAAGACAUGAAGAGAAGAAAAAAAUUACAGUAGAAGUGACUGAGGCGAAAGAAAAAUCAGGAAGUGAUGAUGAUAAACCCAAGCCACAGAAAGCUAAACAAGAAAAAAUACAGAAGGUUCAAUCUGGGUCAAAGGUCGUGUCUGUUGAGGAUGUCAGUGACAAAAGCAGUGACAGUAGUAGUGACAGCAGUGAUGAGGAAUCCAAAACACAAACGAAACAAACAAAGACUGAAGAGAAGCAAAAGCCCACAGUGGAACUGAGUGGUACAAGAAAUAAAACAGGAAGUGAUGAUGAAAAAAAGAAAGCUCAGCUGGACAAAUUAGAAAAACUGAAGAAAGAUGAGGUAAAUGCUCAGACAAAGAAUAAGGAAGAUCAAGAUGACAGUGACAAGAGCAGUGACACUAGCAGUAACAGCAGUGACAGCAGUGGUGACAGUAGUGAUGAUGAGGAAAAGAAAAAGGAAGUCAAGAAUAUUCCAAUUGUUGACAAGAGGAAAAAUGAUUUUGAUGUUAAAACAGGAAGUGAAAAUGAACCAAAAAAACCCUUUGCAGUGCCAUUUUUUGACAGCAUUAGAAUUCUUGAUUAUGAUGAAGUUGAUAAUGGCAAAGUCAGCCCACCUGGGGUUAAAGUCAGCCCACCUGGAAGCCCACCUGGGGUUAAAGUCAGCCGACAUGUUGGUAAAGUCAGCCCACCUGGCAGCCCACCUGGGGUUAAAGUCAGCCGACAUGUUGGUAAAGUGAGCCCACCUGGAAGCCCACCUGGUGGUAAAGUCAGCCCACCUGGUGGUAAAGUAAGCCCACCUGGCAGUCCACCUGGUGGUAAAGUCAGCCCACCUGGCAGCCCACCUGGUGUUAAAGUCAGCCGACAUGUUGGUAAAGUCAGCCCACCUGGCAGCCCACCUGGUGGUAAAGUAAGCCCACCUGGCAGCCCACCUGGUGUUAAAGUCAGCCCACCUGGUAGUGUAAAAUCUUCUAGUGUGGCAUCUUCAUCAUCAUCAUCUGACUCCUCCAGUUCCUCUGAUUCCUCCAGCAGCAGUGAUGAGGAUGACACAUUCACUGCACCCCCCGCCAUACCUCAAGCCAAGGCUACACAUGUGAGUGAGAAUAUUGAAGCCCCACAUGCUCCAGCUCAGCAGAAACAGAUGACAGGACCGGUUCAUCCAGUGACCGAGACAUCUGUUAACUCCCAGAGUGCUGAAAAAAAUAUACACCAACCAAGUCUAGAAAAGGACCUGGUGGCAGAUGAAGAGAAAUUUAAACAAGAAGAAAGAUUGACCCACUCACCAUCACUAACAUCAAUAGAGUCAUCAUCCUCUUCUUCUUCUUCUUCAUCAUCAAGCAGUGACAGCUCCACUGGAUCUCAAAUUAUACAAGGUGAAGGAGUCAUUAAAAAUGACAACACAGCAGAGAGUGUUUUUGAGAAUUAUGAUGUGGGGGAGGAUGAUGAGGUGAAGAAUCAAGAAACUGUGGAGCUACCAGGACCAAAAGUUGAGCUGAACACACAGGUUGAUAAAAAUGAGCACAGAGAAGAAGUGAAACCAACACGUGGUUUGAAUUUUUUUAAUCCUGAUGCAGAAAUAGUUGCUAAAGAUAAUCCAGUCAAUGAAUUUGAAGAAAUUGAGCCUAAUAUUGGAGCAGAAGGCAGACACUCUAGUGUUUCUUCUUCGUCAUCUUCCUCAUCCUCAUCCUCCUCCACAUCCUCUGGGUCAGCUAGCAUCAAAGACCACGGACCAAACCUGGACAACGACCCAACAAAUACUGACGAUUUUCCUGAAGAAACUUUUAAAGUAGAGGCUGCUGAUCAGAUGAAUGAAAAACUAGAGGACCAACAGGAUGAGAAAUCUUUUGUGGUGGAGGAGAAAAAAGACAGUGAGGAACAUCUACCAAAGAUUGCUCUCACUCAUGUAGCUUCACCAAUUACAAUGGCUGGACCUGUGGAUUUUGUGAAAAAAACUAAAUCAAGUGACAAUGAAUCAAGCAGUGACUCUGACAGUAGUUCAAGCAGUGGAAAAAGCAGUGCAAGAUCAUCUGACAGCCAAUCAAAGAAGAAAAAACAAGUAGUGACAAAGUCUGAAGCACAUGGCAAAACAGUGGCUGAUGUACAUGCCCAUGAAGGUAACAAGUCAGAAGAACCAAGUUCUCUGAAGGUGGAUGUACCAUCCAGACCCACGAAAGAACCAGGUGCAGUGAAGGAAGACACACCACCCGGACCCAUAUCCAAUAAAGAAAUGGACGGAAGUCUGUCCGCACAGCUGGAGAAAAAUAAACCUGCACUAGAGAUAACUAAUGUCAGAUUAAACCAAACCCAGAUUUCUGAAGUGGCCCACUAUUUAGAGAACAAUGCUCGGCUGAGCCACCUCACUCUAGAGAACUGUAGCUUGAACGAUGAGGACAUUAAAAAACUUGGCGAUGCAAUCAGCAAAUCCCAGUCUAAUCCAGUGGUUUUGAACUUAAGUGAUAAUCCUUUAACAUCUAAAUGUGUGGACUAUUUAUUGGAUGUGUUAAAGAAGAAACCAUCUAUAGAAGCUAUUCUCUUGAGGGGUACCCAGCUGCAAGAUGAAGGUGUAAACCAGUUGGUUGAUGGCUUGUUGAGUUUUCAUGAAGAAAAGCUAAACCAAAACAUCGCCGCCAUGGGGGAAGGUGUGACAAUACAGGAAGAAGACCUUCUUAAGGAACUGCAUGAACUUGACCUCAGCAGAUGUUACUUUGGAGACGAUGGCAUGCAAGCAAUUUGCAGGCUGAUUCGUUCAGAAAUGGCGAUAGACACGCUCACCUUGGCGUCGAACCCAGCGAUAUCUCUCAAAGGGUGGCAAGCACUUGGUCAAGCCCUAAAAAAGACAAGAUCACUGGAGACGCUGACGUUAGAUCAGAACAACAUUGGGAACAGAGGCAUUGAAGAGAUCACUGGUGGUCUGUAUGAGAAUUCAUCCCUCUCCACACUUGACCUCAACCAUGUUGGCAUCACAGAUGAAGGGGGUAGAUAUAUUUUAGACCUGUUGAAGAGGAACAUUUUAAUUCUGGAGAUGAACCUGGAUGGGAACAAACUAUCAGAGCAGCUAAGGGAAGAAAUUAAAAAGUAUAUUUCCCUCAAUCAAACCAUACCUGCUCACUAGUCCUUGAUACCUUUGUUAAUUUACUGCAAGGGUCUUUCAUAUCAACAUAAAUAUGAAAGUAAAGCUAAAAAUAUGUCUAAAUAUGUUUAAAUCAAAUAUUUUUAACACUCCAAAUUUGAUAUUUUUGUUCCUUAAAAUGCUUAGCUAAUUCAAUUGUUUUACUAAAUUUAAACACAAGAGAUUCAUGAAGCCAAUGCAAUAAUAACAUUUAAUUUCUUUACGUUAUUUAAUUAUGAUAUAUUAUUUUUAUUGUAACCAUUUUCAGAUUUUUUAAAAAUAUUUUUUUUUGAAAAUCUUUUACAGAAGACAGUUUUUUAAAAAUUAGUCUGUAUUAGAAUCAAAAUUGGUGUUAUAUUUUAUUUCUUAAAAUAUAAUUUUUUCUAGCAGUAGUUGAUCAAAGUAAACAGGACCAUAAAAAAUACUAAUAUUUGUUCUGUGGAAAUUCAUAAAAAGAAAACUGUUUUUAAUUAUCCUACAUUACAAUCAACAUUGGUAUUAACACUGGAAGAAUGUUUUUAUUCUUAACAAAGAGAACUGGCUUUUGCUGUUGCUGAUCAGAGUAAAUUAUUAAAUAUAUUGACACUGACAGAUGAAUGAGACUUUCUCAUGCCUGCCUUACCCAUGACACUGAUAAAAAAUACAAAUCUAUAUAUUUAUGUUUUUAUUAUAGCUUAUGCUAACCAAGUGAUUUAUAUACAAAUGAUAUUGUUGUAUACUUUGUGUAAAAUGUUUCAUGUUCCAAGUGUUUUUCGCCCGAAUUUGAAUGUUUGCUGUGCAAGCCAUUGACAUCCAUUAUAAAAUUUGUUGAAUAUUUGAAUACAAUUUUUUUGUGCGCUACUAAAAUUGGUUUAAGAAAAAAAUAUCCAUCAUAUACAAGUCAACAGAUCUUUCAUCAAUCUUUAACCUAAAUAUGUAUGUAAGAAACUUUGAAAAUAUGUUAAAAUUAAUCAUCUGUGAUAAAAAUUCCUUGAGAAAGAUCAAUCGACUAUUUUGAAAAAAAUAAUUUAAAGAGAUUAUUUGUUUUAUAAAUUUACAGUGAUUCUAAAAUCUGGUUUUCAAAUUACAUUUU